CAGAACGAGGAGAGACGCAGGGCCCAGGGCACCCUCGCGGGCUGACCCGGGGCAGUGAGGGCCUGCGGCCGGCUGGCCAGGGCAGCGGCGUGGCGGCUGGCGCGGCGGGGACCUGCGUGAGGAAGCCCUGAGCCCUCGGCGGGCUGCGAGCGACUCCCCGGCGAUGCCUCACAACUCCAUCAGAUCCGGCCACGGAGGGCUGAACCAGCUGGGAGGGGCCUUUGUGAACGGCAGACCCCUGCCUGAAGUGGUGCGUCAACGCAUCGUGGACCUGGCCCACCAGGGCGUGCGGCCCUGUGACAUCUCCCGCCAGCUCCGAGUCAGCCAUGGCUGUGUCAGCAAGAUCCUUGGCAGGUACUACGAGACCGGCAGCAUCCGGCCUGGAGUGAUAGGGGGCUCCAAGCCCAAGGUGGCCACCCCCAAGGUGGUGGAGAAGAUUGGAGACUAUAAGCGGCAGAACCCCACCAUGUUUGCCUGGGAGAUCCGAGACCGGCUCCUGGCGGAGGGUGUCUGUGACAAUGACACUGUGCCCAGUGUCAGCUCCAUCAACAGAAUCAUCCGGACCAAAGUGCAGCAACCGUUCAACCUCCCCAUGGACAGCUGCGUGGCCACCAAGUCCCUGAGCCCAGGACAUACGCUGAUCCCCAGCUCAGCCGUAACGCCCCCAGAGUCACCCCAGUCAGACUCUCUGGGCUCCACCUACUCCAUCAACGGGCUCCUGGGGAUCGCUCAACCUGGCAGCGACAGCAAGAGGAAAAUGGACGACAGUGACCAGGACAGCUGCCGGCUGAGUAUCGACUCCCAGGGCAGCAGCAGCGGGCCCCGCAAGCACCUGCGCACGGACGCCUUCAGCCAGCACCACCUUGAGCCGCUCGAGUGCCCAUUCGAGAGGCAGCACUACCCGGAGGCCUACGCCUCCCCGAGCCACACCAAAGGCGAGCAGGGCCUCUACCCGCUGCCCUUGCUCAACAGCGCCGCCCUGGACGACGGCAAGGCCACCCUGACCCCUUCCAACACACCCUUGGGGCGCAACCUCUCGACUCACCAGACCUACCCAGUGGUGGCAGAUCCUCAUUCACCCUUCGCCAUAAAGCAGGAAACCCCCGAGGUGUCCAGUUCUAGCUCCACCCCUUCCUCUUUAUCUAGCUCCGCCUUUUUGGAUCUGCAGCAAGUCGGCUCCGGGGUCCCAGCCGGUGCCUCGGUCCCGCCCUUCAAUGCCUUUCCCCAUGCUGCCUCCGUGUACGGGCAGUUCACGGGCCAGGCGCUCCUCUCAGGGAGAGAGAUGGUGGGACCCACGCUGCCCGGAUACCCGCCCCACAUCCCCACCAGCGGGCAGGGCAGCUAUGCCUCUUCUGCCAUCGCAGGCAUGGUGGCAGGAAGUGAGUACUCGGGCAAUGCCUACGGCCACACCCCCUACUCGUCCUACGGCGAGGCCUGGCGCUUCCCCAACUCUGGCUUGCUGAGUUCCCCAUAUUAUUACAGUUCCACAUCAAGGCCAAGUGCGCCACCCACCACCGCCACGGCCUUUGACCAUCUGUAGUUGCUAUGGGGACAGUGGGAGCAACUGAGCACCAGAAGGACUUGGCCUGGGACA